AUGUUCAAGAGAAUGGCCGAAUUUGGGCCUGACUCUGGCGGCAGAGUGAAGGGGGUUACAAUCGUUAAACCAAUAGUUUAUGGCAAUGUUGCUCGAUAUUUUGGAAAGAAAAGAGAAGAGGAUGGGCAUACCCAUCAAUGGACAGUAUAUGUAAAACCAUAUAGAAAUGAGGAUAUGUCAGCAUAUGUGAAGAAAAUUCAAUUUAAGUUACAUGAAAGCUAUGGCAAUCCUUUAAGAGUUGUUACUAAGCCUCCAUAUGAAAUUACUGAAACAGGAUGGGGUGAAUUCGAAAUAAUCAUCAAAAUAUUUUUUAUUGAUCCUAAUGAAAGACCUGUAACCCUGUAUCAUUUGUUAAAGCUGUUCCAAUCAGAUACCAAUGCGAUGCUGGGGAAAAAGACAGUGGUUUCAGAGUUUUAUGAUGAAAUGAUAUUUCAAGACCCAACAGCAAUGAUGCAACAAUUAUUAACAACAUCUCGUCAGCUAACAUUAGGAGCCUACAAGCAUGAAACAGAAUUUGCAGAACUUGAAGUGAAAACCAGAGAAAAGUUAGAAGCUGCGAAGAAAAAAACAAGCUUUGAAAUUGCAGAGCUUAAGGAGAGAUUAAAAGCAAGUCGUGAAACUAUAAAUUGUUUAAAAAAUGAAAUCAGGAAACUCGAAGAAGAUGAUCAAACAAAAGAGAUGUAA